AUGUCCUCAACGGAGAACAAUAACUUGUCCGUCCUACCACCCAUCCUCACCGAUGGUACCGUCAAGCCAAAUUCGAAAGAUCGCCUCUCUACCUACUCCAAUCUUUCCUUCGCAUCACAAAACCGCUCGCGCCCAGGCUCCCACGUCUUCCCAGUCUUCCACACAAGUCUCACGUACGCCCUCGUCCGAGACUUCGCCUACCCAUCUACCCAUCCUCUUCACUAUGGCCCUCCUCCUCCUCGAGCGUCGGGCGUCUCCACGCCAGCGAGCGAACACCGACGCCUCUCCGACCCACCCCCUUCGUGGGACACGCGCGGGUCCUGGGCAUCGCAAUCGGGCUCGGAAACCAGCCAUUCCCAUGUCCAGCAAUUGCCCGCCAUCCCGGUAGUCACUUCGCGCCAUCGCAAGAAAACAUCUGAUGUGAACGGUCUUGUAGACGAGAGAGUCAUGUCCGGAACGGGUGAUGACCGGGGGAUGCUCAUCGGUAUCAAUGCCGAUGGCAGCGAGACUUACUACGUUAAUGAGGGAGAUAUGACCGAUGACGGCCCCGGCGGGGAAUAUAUCACAUACCCCGCGAAUGAAGGGCGGUAUUCUAUCAUGGGAUACAGCGGUCCUGUUGGUCAGGGCUUCGAUAACGAUCCGGGUUUCGAGUCGGAGGAUGAAAUUCCCGGCGUGAACCGAUAUUCAAGGGAUUAUCAGUUCGCCGUAGGGUGUCCGGAUGAAGAGAUGCACGGGAAGGCCGUUGCCCUCUUUGACUUUACACGAGAGCAUGAGAACGAACUCCCUCUUACAGAAGGCCAGGUCAUUUACGUUUCAUACCGACACGGUCAAGGCUGGCUCGUCGCAGAGGACCCCAAAACAGGAGAGAACGGUCUCGUCCCAGAAGAAUUUGUUCGCCUCUUGCGCGACAUCGAAGGAGGUCUCACAUCCCUCAAUGGAGAGCCCAACCCAGACACCACGGGCAUCGCACACGUCAGUCCAGAAUCCAAUGACUCCGACCACCUAGCUACGCCUACUCAGACCGAGCGCCCUUCUCUCGAUGAUGAAUUGGCCAAAACCACGAACGGCGCAUCGAAAUCCAAGUCAGAUUCCAAAGCCGAGUCCGACGCCACCAAAAGCUGA